CACACACACACACACACACACCUCGGAGUUUCUCAGCUAUUUUCUCCAAGGGCUACAGUCCCUCCCAGGGAGGGAACUGGUCUGCAGAUCUCCUGGGGGAAGCGGACAGAUUCUGUUCUGUCAGGUCCCUCCGAGUGUGGAAGCUCAGUCAGAAGAGAGAGAGGAGAAAGGGAAAGCCGGAGGGAGAGGGGGAGAGGGGAUCUGUUGCAGGCAGGGGAAGGCGUGACCUGAAUGGAGAAUGCCAGCCAAUUCCAGAGACACACAGGGACCUCAGAACAAAGAUAAGGCAUCGCUGACACCACACCGGGGACGUGCUCACAAACAAGCCGGGCAGAGGGGACCCAGGCCAGACGGCCAGGAGCACGCACCGCAGGAAAAUGAGGUGGUUCCUUCUCUGCCAUGCUCUGUGCCUUGCCCUGUUGAGGGUGUCAACCCACACUGUGGAGCUUAAUGACAUGUUUGGCCAGAUCCAGUCACCUGGCUAUCCGGAUUCCUAUCCAAGUGACUCAGAGGUGACUUGGAAUAUCACUGUCCCAGAGGGGUUUCGGAUCAAGCUUUACUUCAUGCACUUCAACCUGGAAUCCUCUUACCUCUGUGAAUAUGACUACGUGAAGGUAGAAACGGAAGACCAGGUGCUGGCAACCUUCUGUGGCAGAGAAACCACAGAUACAGAGCAAACCCCCGGCCAGGAAGUGGUUCUCUCCCCUGGCUCCUUCAUGUCCGUCACUUUCCGGUCAGAUUUCUCCAAUGAGGAGCGAUUCACUGGUUUUGACGCCCACUACAUGGCUGUGGAUGUGGACGAGUGCAAGGAGCGGGAGGAUGAGGAGCUGUCCUGUGACCACCACUGUCACAACUACAUCGGCGGCUACUACUGCUCCUGCCGCUUUGGCUACAUCCUGCACACAGACAACAGGACUUGCCGAGUGGAGUGCAGCGACAACAUCUUUACCCAGAGGACAGGCAUGAUCACCAGUCCUGAUUACCCCAACCCUUACCCCAAGAGCUCUGAAUGUUCCUACACCAUUGAGCUGGAGGAGGGCUUCAUGGUCAGCCUCCAGUUUGAGGACAUUUUCGACAUUGAGGACCAUCCUGAGGUGCCCUGUCCCUAUGACUACAUUAAGAUUAAAGCUGGUCCAAAAGUGUGGGGGCCCUUCUGUGGAGAAAAAGCCCCAGAAACCAUCAGUACCCAGAGUCACAGUGUCCAGAUCCUAUUCCGCAGUGACAACUCAGGAGAGAACCGAGGCUGGAGGCUCUCUUACAGGGCUGCAGGAAAUGAGUGCCCAAAGCUACAGCCUCCUGUGCAUGGGAAAACUGAGCCCUCGCAAGCCACGUACUCCUUCAAAGACCAGCUGCUCAUCAGCUGUGACACCGGCUACAAAGUGCUGAAGGAUAAUGUGAUGAUGGAUACAUUCCAGAUUGAGUGUCUGAAGGAUGGUACAUGGAGUAACAAGAUUCCCACUUGUAAAAUUGUAGACUGUGGAGUCCCAGCAGGGCUGAAACAUGGGCUUGUGACCUUCCCCACAAGAAACAACCUCACCACCUACAAAUCUGAGAUAAGAUACUCUUGCCAGCAGCCCUAUUACAAGAUGCAUCACAAUACCACAGGGAUAUAUACAUGUUCGGCCCAUGGGACCUGGAUAAAUGAAGGACUGGAGAGAAGUCUGCCCACCUGCCUUCCAGUGUGUGGUCUCCCCAAGUUCUCCCGGAAGCAGAUCUCCAGGAUCUUCAAUGGAAGCCCAGCCCAGAAGGGCACCACCCCCUGGAUUGCUAUGCUGUCACACCUGAAUGGGCAGCCCUUCUGUGGAGGUAGCCUGCUAGGCACCAACUGGAUCGUGACUGCUGCUCACUGCCUCCACCAGCCAGUUGAUCCAGAGGAUCCAACCCUACAGAGCUCAUAUUUGCUGAGUCCUUCUGACUUCAAAAUCAUCAUGGGAAAGCAUUGGAGGCGCCGCUCAGAUGAGGAUGAGCAGCAUCUAGGGGUCAAACACAUCAUCCUACACCCACUGUAUGACCCCAGCACAUUUGAGAAUGACCUGGGUCUGGUGGAGCUGCUGGAGAGCCCAAGGCUGAAUAACUUUGUGAUGCCUAUCUGUCUGCCUGAGGAACCCUCCCAGGAAGGAACCAUGGUCAUCGUCAGUGGCUGGGGGAAACAGUUCUUGCAGAGGUUUCCAGAGAACCUCAUGGAGAUUGAAAUCCCCAUUGUUAACUACGACACCUGUCAGGAAGCCUAUGCCCCAUCGAAGAAGAAAGUGACCAAGGACAUGAUCUGUGCUGGGGAGAAGGAAGGAGGAAAAGACGCUUGUGCAGGUGACUCUGGAGGCCCCAUGGUGACUAAGGAUGACCAGAAAAACCAGUGGUACCUGGUGGGCACAGUGUCCUGGGGUGAGGAUUGUGGGAAGAAGGACCGCUAUGGGGUGUAUUCUGACAUCUACCACAACAAGGACUGGAUCCACAGGGUCACGGGGGUGAGAAACUGAGUUCAGCUCCCACCCCUUGGGUGGUCAGUCACUAACAGAAGAUGAUCAGCGGAUGCAAGCAGCCUUUCACCCCUCAUUCAGCCCACCCUGAUAAAAGGGGUGUCUCUGUCCUUUUUCCAACUUCUUAUAGAGGCAAAGUAGAAGAGUGUCAGAGCAAAAGUCUGAAUCCAGGCUCCAUCACUUAGAAGAUUUGCAAUGCUCCACGGCUGACCUCACUUCUUUAAGCCUGUUUCUUCAGCCAUGAGAUGAAAGUGGUACACCUUACCUACCUCAUAAAAGUAUGAUGAGGAGAAAACUAAUAUAUGCAUAGUACUCAACCAAGUGCGUGGACUACAUAUUCCAUAAAUGUGUCUUGGCAGAAGGUCCAUGUGUCUACCAGGCAGAGUCUCAGGGAUGAUUAGUGGUACAGCCCUCCUUCCACCUUGGCAAUCUCUUUGAUCUGCUCCCUAAUACUCUAAGCUUCAACACCAAAUACAAUUCUCCCAACCUCAACCUCAUACCAUAAAAAGGUGAAUGAGAUAAAGUUUUCAGCCCUGUGGCAUGAUCCCUCCUUCCCCACACACCCAAUUUGAACCAAGUACUAAAUGGAGUGAAUGACUGAGAAGCAGGAGCUAGGAGGGAAACGUGGGGGUGGAGGAUGGAAGCCAUACAUCUGCUACCAGCUCUCCAUGUGACCCUGUGCAAGUCCUUUCCCCUCAUUUCAAAAGGCCUUCAAGCUGUGGCAUCCUGGAAUCCAAUAAAGUCGUAUUUACUGUGAGGAGUUAGACUCCAAAUAAGCAAAAUUUUUAUUAGGUUCAAAGGAGCUUAGAUGCAGAGAAAAUGCUCCUGCUGCUCCCACGAUACCCUCCUCAGUCUACCACACAUUGGAUCCAAAGGACAUAACCAAGGCAAAGUCCAGCCAAGGAUCUUCCCGUAUUCCUAAGCAGAGGAGCUGCUCUGGGCCCCAGCCUCCUUCUCUUCCUUCAAACCUAGGUUGCACAAGGCAGGCCCUGGCAGGCUAGGUCUCAGGCACCUGCUCUCUCCUUCCCCACAUCCCCAUAAGCAGUCAUUCCCCUGAUGAUUCCUCUCCCUAAGCCUCACCCUUCUAAGCACCACUUGCUCUCUGAAGGGUCACCUUCUAGAGACUUCGUCCCCUCCAGUGUUCCAAGACAGAAGUGUUUCAAAGCCCCAAGUCCCUGUCUCUUGUGCUAUGUGAAUUGUUCCUCAUGGGUGAUUUUGACUCUUGACCUGCACUGCAGCUGCUGGAGUCAAGCUGGGUCUCUUGUGGAAGAGGAAGACAGUGGCAAGUGAAACCUUGUGGGUGUUAAGCCCAAGGUUGAGCACUCAGGGACAGCCUGCCUGCACACUCAGGCAUCUCACAGCCUGCCUCUGCUCCCAUGAGCAAGUCAUUCUACCUCUGAGGACUCUGUUCUUUAUUCUGUAAGGAGAUGGCAGUGGCACCCAGUUUUAUUUGACACCUCUCAAGCAAGCUGGAGCUCUAGUUUAGUCACCAGCAAAGGCUGGUGAUACAGUUUUGAAACUAUUCUGAGGCAGUCUGAGGCACUUUACCUUCCUAUUCCCAGCACUUCCUGGAUCCUGUCCUGUUUGAGGCUGUCCUGACUGCUGCAGGACUGCUGCAAUGAAUAGAGUGUGGCCCAUGCCUUCCAGGAGCUCCUAGUGGGAGCCAGGAAUGUGACUAGACUAUGGAAAUGAACCCUGACAAGUACAUAUUGGAGAGUUGCGUAUGUAGAGCAAAGCCUUACUAUGGUAUGGAGUUUGAGAGAAAGGUACACCAGGUGGCAUGCCAGGAGGAGAUGACCUUCGGCAAGGAGGAGAGCAGGAGUUGGUGUCCAUCAGGCUUUCUUCAGAUGACACCAGGUCUUCCCACAAAAGUGAUAAAUUCAGAAGAGCAGUAUUAGGGCAUGAGAAUAAGCACGAAGCUAGCCUGUCUCCUUAGAGUUAGAACUUAAACAGAACCUGAAAAGCCUCGGGAUUCCCAUGCAGAUACUGACUUCUAGAUGGACCCAGUUUAUCCCAAACAAGCCUGUCUCCUUAGAGUUAGAACUAAACAGAACCUGAAAAGCCUCAGGAUUCCCAUGCAGAUACUGACUUCUGAAUGGACCCAUUUAGUCUUUCUUCUCUAAAUUAUAACUUCAUCCUUAUCUUGAGAAAAUGGCUAAUGGGCCAUGGAACCUCAUCCUCCCCUUGUCCUGCAAGUGUAAGAUGUACAGCUGCUACACUGUAUGGCCCAGGGAGCCUGAUCUCCUGGAGCCAAGGGAACAACAGGAUAGCAUGACCAUUGGGACCACCUUGUCUAACUCCAUGGCCUCAUUUCUGAACAUUUCUAGGGAUGAGAAACUCACUACCAUCAGAUCCAACCCAUCCCAGUUCUAGAAUGUGCUGUCCAUAAAAUGGUCUAUCUUCUCAGCAACUGAAAUCCAUCUCCCAGAAUAUAAUGUGUGUAACUAAAGCUGUGAUUUCAUACCAUGAAAUACUGUAUUAGCAAUAAUGAUCAUGUCUGGAUUUCAUUAGUCAAAAAAGCUGUUGUUCUUAUGGGAACAACACAUUCGUUCCAAUAAACAUCUGCAUCGAGUCAGAGA